UAUCCAGAGAGAAGGCAGUUGUAUUGGGUGUAUGGUGUUAGCGUUUUAUCGACCUUGUUAAUUAUCAUGUGCUAAAUUACUACUUAUAUUGUGACUUAAUUGUUAAAAUAUCUUGCAAUAAAUAAAGAUUUGUGCGAAAAAGUGAGUGUCAAAUAUGCAAUCUCAACAAGUUGCAGUAAAUGCUCAAACUGCAGCGCAGAAUCAGCAAAUUGUUGGUACUGCAGGGGUUGUAAAUGCAAACGCAGUCAUUUUAAAAAUGAAUGAAAUACAAAUGUCGACUGUAGGAUUACUGGAAUUAGCCCAUCGGGAAUAUCAAGCAGGAGAUUAUGAAAAUGCUGAACGUCAUUGUAUGCAAUUAUGGCGACAAGAAACCAACAAUACAGGAGUUUUAUUACUUUUAUCAAGUAUACAUUUUCAAUGUCGACGACUUGAUAAAUCAGCACAUUUCAGUACAUUAGCUAUCAAACAGAAUCCACUUUUAGCGGAAGCAUAUAGCAAUUUGGGCAAUGUCUUUAAAGAACGUGGGCAGUUACAAGAAGCAUUGGAAAAUUACAGACAUGCAGUGCGUCUUAAACCAGAUUUUAUUGAUGGUUAUAUCAAUUUGGCUGCUGCCUUGGUUGCCGCUGGUGACAUGGAACAAGCUGUUCAAUCUUACAUAACUGCGUUGCAGUAUAAUCCAGAUCUAUAUUGUGUACGAAGUGAUUUAGGGAAUCUCUUAAAAGCAUUAGGCAGGUUAGAUGAAGCCAAGGCUUGCUAUUUGAAAGCCAUUGAAACACGACCAGAUUUUGCAGUCGCAUGGAGUAAUUUGGGAUGUGUAUUUAAUGCUCAAGGGGAAAUUUGGUUAGCAAUACAUCAUUUUGAAAAAGCAGUUGCCUUAGAUCCAAACUUUUUGGACGCGUACAUUAAUCUUGGAAAUGUAUUGAAAGAAGCACGAAUCUUUGAUAGAGCGGUAGCGGCUUAUCUACGCGCUCUCAAUUUAUCACCCAACAAUGCAGUCGUCCAUGGAAAUUUGGCAUGCGUUUACUACGAACAAGGGCUUAUUGAUUUGGCAAUUGACACAUACCGUCGUGCAAUUGAGUUACAACCUAACUUUCCAGAUGCGUAUUGUAAUUUGGCUAAUGCUCUUAAAGAAAAGGGUCAAGUGUCGGAAGCGGAAGAAUGUUAUAAUACAGCGUUACGAUUAUGUCCAUCACAUGCCGAUUCGCUUAAUAAUCUAGCAAAUAUUAAACGUGAACAAGGGUUUAUAGAAGAAGCUACGCGAUUAUAUUUGAAAGCACUUGAAGUAUUCCCAGAAUUCGCUGCUGCGCAUAGUAAUUUAGCAUCAGUAUUACAACAACAAGGCAAAUUAAAUGAAGCAUUAAUGCAUUACAAGGAAGCAAUUCGUAUCCAGCCAACAUUUGCUGAUGCUUAUUCAAAUAUGGGUAAUACGUUAAAAGAAAUGCAAGAUGUUGCCGGUGCAUUACAGUGUUAUACACGUGCGAUUCAAAUAAAUCCAGCAUUUGCAGAUGCUCAUAGUAAUUUAGCUAGUAUUCACAAAGAUUCUGGAAAUAUUCCUGAAGCAAUACAAUCAUAUAGAACAGCUUUAAAAUUGAAACCAGAUUUUCCAGAUGCAUAUUGUAAUCUUGCACAUUGUUUACAAAUUGUAUGUGAUUGGACAGAUUACGAAGCUCGUAUGAAAAAAUUAGUCAGUAUUGUAGCUGAACAAUUAGAAAAAAAUCGCUUACCAUCUGUGCAUCCACAUCAUUCAAUGUUAUAUCCUUUAUCACAUGAAUUUCGCAAAGCCAUCGCUGCAAGACAUGCUAACUUGUGUUUAGAAAAAAUUCAUGUAUUACAUAAACAACCGUAUAAAUUCCCAAGAGAGCUAAGUGGACGUCUCAAAAUUGGUUAUGUAAGCAGUGAUUUUGGUAAUCAUCCGACAUCACAUUUAAUGCAGUCUGUUCCCGGAUUACACGAUCGUUCUAAGGUUGAAAUAUUUUGUUAUGCAUUGAGUCCAGAUGAUGGUACCACAUUCCGUAGUAAAAUUGCUCGUGAAUCAGAACAUUUUAUUGAUUUAUCCCAAAUACCAUGUAAUGGAAAAGCUGCAGAUCGUAUUCACCAAGAUGGUAUUAAUGUUUUAGUAAAUAUGAAUGGUUAUACAAAAGGUGCUCGAAAUGAAAUAUUUGCAUUACGACCAGCUCCAAUUCAAGUUAUGUGGCUGGGAUAUCCUGGUACAAGUGGUGCUUCGUUUAUGGACUACUUAAUCACAGACUGCGUUACUUCACCAUUAGAAUUGACUUCCCAAUACAGUGAAAAGUUAGCGUAUAUGCCUCAUACAUAUUUCGUUGGAGAUCAUCGACAGAUGUUCCCACAUUUGAAAGAACGUUUAAUUGUUAGUGAUCGAUCACAUGGUGGAACCAGCGUUCCUGACAAUGUUGCAGUUAUUAACGCUACUGAUUUAUCACCACUUGUCGAAAGUACAGACGUUAAAGAAAUUCGUGAAAUUGUUCAAGCUGCCAAACCUGUUGAAAUUAGUUUAAUUGUUGCUGAACUUCCAACAACCACACCAAUUGAAACAAUGAUUGCAUCUGGGCAAGUUCAAACUUCCGUAAAUGGUGUUGUUGUACAAAAUGGAUUAGCAACAACUCAAACAAAUAAUAAAGCAGCCACAGGUGAAGAAGUGCCACAAAAUAUUGUUAUCACGACACGACAACAAUAUGGAUUACCUGAUGACGCUGUAGUUUAUUGUAAUUUCAAUCAAUUGUAUAAAAUUGAUCCAUUAACCCUUCAUAUGUGGGUUUAUAUCUUAAAAAAUGUUCCUAACGCGGUUAUGUGGUUGUUACGAUUCCCAGCUGUGGGUGAAGCAAACUUACAAGCUGCUGCACAACAAUUAGGCUUACCACCAGGUAGAAUUUUGUUCAGUAAUGUUGCUGCCAAAGAAGAACACGUACGUCGUGGUCAAUUAGCUGAUGUGUGUUUAGAUACACCUUUAUGUAAUGGUCACACAACAAGCAUGGAUGUUUUAUGGACUGGCACACCAGUUGUUACUUUACCUGGUGAAACAUUAGCUAGUCGAGUGGCCGCAUCACAAUUAGCUGCAUUAGGUUGUCCAGAAUUAAUUGCUCGAACACGUCAAGAGUAUCAAGAUAUUGCUGUAAAGUUAGGAACAGAUCGAGAAUACUUAAAAGCAAUGAGAGCUAAAGUAUGGACCGCACGCACAGAAUCUCCACUAUUCGAUUGUAAACAAUACGCUCAAGGUAUGGAAAUGUUAUAUAAGAAAAUGUGGGAACGAUAUGCACAAGGCAGAAAACCAGAUCAUAUUGCUGCUAUUGAUAAUAAAUAAUCUCAAAACAUCAUGACAUCGUCAUCGAAUUAAAAUUUUCAAAUUAAAAUUUAGUGCAGUUAAAUUUUUGCACUAUUGCAAAUAAAAGCAAAUAUUAUACUUAGACAAAGUGUGACAGUACGUUUUAAGAUAAUAAGUUUUAUAGAACAACUAGGAAUACUGAAAUUUCAUCAUGUCCAAUCAACUAUAGACUUUCUCAUCCACAAAUAAAACAUUUCAUAAUAUUCGAAUUUAUUUUGAAGUAAAUGUUGGACGUUCGACGCCUUUUGAAAAUUUCAUGUGACUGAACGAGUUGAAAGUGUAAAUUUAGAAAAAUUCAAAUGAAUGAAAAAGAAGCAUAUUUUUAUC